AUGGGUAAAACUCAAGAUCGUCACAUCCUCAUCGUUGGGGCAGGGUCUAUGGGCAUCAUCAUGGGUUAUAUCCUCCAACUGUCAGGAGCUGAAGUGACAUUUCUUGUCCGCCCGCAUCGGGCGGAGGCAUUGAGCCGACCUCAGAAGCUCUACUCCUACGACGACCACCAGCUCAAAACCUACACAGGCUAUAAACUUAUCACCAGUCCGUCAGAAAUGCUUGGUGCAGGUUAUGACUACGUCGUUAUUACACUCGAUGGUGCGGCCUUGAGAAACGAAGUUGGUCAGGCUCUGGUCAAAACAAUCGGGGAAGCAGUACGAGGAACGACGACGAAGGUUAUUGUCGGCACUGUAUUCAUAGAUAUUCGAUCCUGGUUCCUCAAGGCAACUGGCCUGGAAAGUGAGCAAGUGGUUAGCGGUCAACUCGUCAUUCACAUCUAUCCAACCAGUGCAGUGACAUUGCCUGUCCACGCGCCUACAGACGAGAAGUUGCUCGCACAAGCAGAUCAGGCUUAUACCGAUUGCCUUGGUCCUGGCAUGACUCUCGGCGACGGUUCGCUAGCUGCGGCGAAUGACUUUGCGCAGUUAUGGAACGCCAGCGGGGUAUCAACCUGCAACGUGGUAUCUGAAGAACAAUUCUCUUUGAAUACAUCUUCUUUGUUCCCAAUAUUGGCAGUAUGCGAGCUUCUGGGUUGGUCAAGCUUCCAGAACCUUGACAGCACAGACCCGCUGUGGCGUCUUGCUGUUGCAGCUGUGAAGGAGAUCCAGGGGCUUACCAUACACGGAACAAUAGGCCAGCAAGCGGCAGGAUCUACUACUGACGCCGGAAUCGCGCAGGUGUUUGCCGGAAUCGAGAAAGUGAUGCUUCCCAUGGACUGGCAGUCCUUCAACCGCUAUCAUCACGGCGCCAAAGUCAAUGCCCAGGAUCGUGAGCUUCUUCGGGUUUGCAUCACUAUGGGGGAGGCUGAUGGCAAGCCCGUGGCUGCAAUUAAAGAUCUUCUGCAGCGCGUUGAGCAUCACGCAUCACAAGCAUGA